UUCCAGACACUCUCUGCCGGGUCCAAGAAUGAAGAGCUCUCUGCGGGACCGUAUGGCUCUGCUGUGCGUUCUCGGGUCAACCAUGGCGGUCUCGAUGCUCCUCAUGGGAUCAGGGAGGACAGAGCUGUGCAUUGGGGGAUGCGAGACCCGGGGGCCCCCUCUCCCUCUCGACGGGUCAGGCGAUCCGCAACCGCAGGGGGACACGUGGAACGUGCGAGCAGCAAAGCAGGCAAGGCUGCAGUCGCUGGGCGACUCUGACGGAGGGUUUGAUUUCGAUCAAGUGGUGCAAAUCGGCGAGCACGUGACGGGAAAGCCUUUCAAGCAAUACGUUGCCGAUGAGCCAGUGAUGGGUAAGGCGUACGAAGACACGCCGUUCGACAAGACGAUCAAGUCGAUUCCAAUUGCGAACCCUUCCAGAGAGUGGGAAAGCCUGAAACAUCCUGAAUCGGCUCUUCCGAACGUUUACUCACGGUAAAUUUGUCCCGAUCCCCCUUCUCCGGAUCGUGGAGGAGCAGAAGCUGUGGGUCGGUGGGAUGUGAUAUGUAGUCGACAUUUCUGCAUUCUUGUAGCAGAACAUCGGAUGGAAGUUAACGUGCUUAUCGAUCUUGUAAUGAAACAAACUUGUCGCUCGGCG